AACGGAGCGUCCCGCGAGAGGCUAAUAGCCGAGGAGCACGCGGGCCAGGAAGGCAAGCGGGAAGCCGCCUCGGACCAGCAACCAGCCGCUCACCAAGGACUGCGACGCCUGCAGAAAGGGCUGCCUCGGCCCAGCAAGAACAAGCUAGCCACAGCCCGGCCCCACGCCGCCGAGGCAACCAACAACCAUGGGCCUCCUCGACACGACCACCGCGUUACCGACGGAGCCGACCUGGGGCGCCGCCCUCCGGACCAUCGAAAGGGAGCGGACGAUGCCGGCCUGGGAGCGCAUCGGCCAGAAGGCACCGGCCCGGGACCACAUCUUCACGCAUUAUGAAAAAAGGGGCCACUUCAACGCGUUAUUACAAAGAGACAACGAUCCCAAAAGAGAACAAAAAUUCAGAGAUAACCGCGACGCCGCCUUCACGGCCAAGCAGGCUCGGUGCAAGCAACAGCAAGCCUCGUUCGACAUCGUCUCCCACCGCCAGACGGGCGGUUUAAGGCCCGUGCCCGCUUCCGAUCAACAAAAAAAUGGAAAACCGAAGCCGCCCGACACGAACACGAAGUGGAACAUUAUUACUCAUGUCGGGCGCGAGGGCUGCGAGCCGUUUACUUCUUCAAAAGAUCGUUUAGCAGCGGCCCACGGCGAAUUGUUGCCGGCUUCUUGGAAACGACGCGAGUAUGACAUCGUAUCCACGAAAUACAACAAUAACCAUACCGCGAGACACCACCGCGACCGCGAAAAUGCCAAACACAAGGCGCAAAAGAAGUUCUGGGAGACUAGGGAUUUUGACUUUAUCAAAAUUAAGUAUCAUGACGACGACAAGGAGUCGGACUUCCAGCAGCAGCGGUCUCAUUUAAAUUCGAUCGCGGGCGCCGGCGCGAUGGCGAAAUUACCGCCGGCCAUGCAGUACUGCGAAGGAGCUGCUUAUAAUCUAGUGAGCCACGAAAUCAAGGACGCGUCGAAGCUCGAGGUGUCGAACGCCGUGACGAAUUCCGGAGUGGCGUCGAAGAUGGGCGCUGCGGUCGACAAGCACCACAAGCACGUCGCGGAGGAACGCUACCAGCGCGACAAGCGUCGAGCUUUACAACGGUUCAACAAGACGUCGCACCUCAAAGAGAUGAUGGACGGGCGGCACCACGACUACGACGUCGUUACCGGAGAAAGCUUCUACGGGCGGAACCCGAAGUUCCGGGCGCCUUCUCGCCUGCAGCGCGCGCCGACGACGUGGGACCGCCUCGCGGCGUCGGGCCCCGUCUAUUCUGGCACGAUUGCUGGUAAGCGCGGCGCGACGUCAAAGGCCGCGGGCGCUGCAGCGGCGUCGCCGGCCUUCUCCAUGCGGCCCCAGGCUGGCUCGGCGUCGUCGCGGCCGGCGUCGUCCGUGCCCGUCGUCGCCCGCGCGUCGCCGCGCGUCGUCGACGCGCCGGUCGCGCCCGCGCCCUCGAAGCCGGCCGUGCCUCGUCUGAAAAUCCCGGCGCAGUCCUAACCG